AUGGAAAUGCCAACCAUCUACGGUGAAUUCGUCUACUUUACCCGCGCAUGUUCCUAUUCGGCCAGUGGUGCCGAUCGCUACGGCACUUCAUCCCGGAAUCCUUUGCAAGACACCGACGUGCAAAACUACAUUGACAACGACCUUAUCUGGGACUUUGAAAAUCACUCACGUCAACAUAACCGACUGCCCACAUCGCUCGUUUCUACCAGUUCCCGAAUCAUCGACACCCUUCAGCGGGCCUUCAACAAACACUUCAAAGAUGAGGAGCCUUUGAGUGACAUAUGGAUCCUCUUCAUCCAAGUUCCCCCCGAGGUCGUCCAGAAUGAACACAACAACCAAAUUCGUCACGCUAUGAGGUUGGCAGAAGAUAUCGGAUGGCCAGAGGAAGAGGUUGGGAAAUAUCGAGACUUCAGCUUCCCGCCACGUCGGGACUAA